UGAAAAUCAACCAAGGACAUGUAGACAGGCACUAGAUAUUUCUUUGGAGUGGUAGAAAAGCUCAAUUUUCUUGUUGUUAUCUCUUCUUCUUGUACAAAAUUCUCAAUGGAAAUUCAGUUCCAACAACAAAAGCAGCAUAAGAAAUCUGGUGUUCUGAUGAACAAGACAAGCAAAUUCAAGGGAAGAAAUAAGUCUAACAACAACAACAACAAGUUUGUUGGUGUUAGGCAAAGGCCUUCAGGGAGAUGGGUCGCUGAGAUCAAAGACACGACACAAAAGAUAAGGAUGUGGCUCGGCACCUUUGAGACAGCUGAAGAAGCUGCAAGAGCUUAUGAUCAAGCUGCCUGUCUUCUUCGCGGAUCAAAUACUCGCACCAACUUCAUCACUCAUGUCUCCUUGGAUUCUCCUCUUGCUUCCAGGAUUCGAAAUCUUCUCAACAAUAAGAAAUCAGGACAAGAACAGCCAAGGGAAGAGGAAAAUCUUGAAAUCUCCACCCCAUCAACCAGUAUCCUCAGCAGGGAAAAUCUUGAAGUCUCUACACCAUCAAACAGUACCCUUAGCAGUAGCAGCAGCGCCAGUGAUACCAAUACUCCUUCUAAUGAGAUAAUCAAUGAUACCCAGUUCUUUGAUAAUGUCUACAAACCAGACAUGAGCAAUUGCAGAGAGGAAUUUGAAUUGGGUUCUUCACCUUCUGAUCUUUCAUGGAGUUCUGGACCUGGGUUUGACAGGUUUCCAUUUUCUCAGGAGGUUCUGGACUUCCCCAGACAUACGCUGUUGCCGGAAACAAUUACAAGUCAUCUGGAGUUCACAGAAUUUGAUAGGAUGAAAGUGGAGAGACAGAUAUCAGCAUCUUUAUAUGCCAUGAAUGGAGUGCAGGAGUAUAUGGAAACAGUUCAUGAUCCUGUUGAAGCUUUCUGGGAUCUCCCACCAAUAUAUUAAUUACUCUAUUCUCUUUUUUUCCCUUUUUUGUUUUUAUAUGAUGGGCUGCGAAGAUAGAAGAACAGACAUCAGUUAGAAACUUGUUCAGCUGCUGUUUAGAAAAUGCUAAGGGCAUAAUUUACGGGAAUUAGUUAUCUCUUGUGUUUCAAGAAAGUCUUCGUAAUUAUCGAUGA